AGUAUUUGUUAUUGUCAAUAUACACACGUGAGUGCUUGAAAGUGUGAAUGAAUCAACAAAACAUUGUCAUCUCUAAGUAGAUUAUGUAUUGAUAAAUAUAAGUAAUCAUUUGAUCUUGAAUUUUCUAUAAAAAAAAAUAAUAAUAUCUGUAGAUUCUCGAAGUUUAUAGAUAUGUUUGUAUUUUUAAUAUUCCUACACGAUUAGUAAUUCUCUUACAUAAAUAGUUCGAUAUUAUUGUCAGUUGUCAUUGGAAUUAAUUAGAUAAUUCAGUAAAAAAGGAAGUAUACUUCUUUAACUUAUACUUAUAUAAACUAACACUUUUCUAAUACUGCGUAGUAAACGCUAGCAAAUAAUUUUAUUAAGCAAUUGUGGUCUUGUAAAACCGAAAUUAUGGCGGGUUCUUUUGGCUCACAUCAAAAAGAUUUUUUGCAAACGUUGGAAGGUGGCGAAACGACAUUUGCUUCAUUAUCACAUGCACUAAGAGAAAACAGAGUUGAUUUUUUCAAAGCAAUACCAGGUUUUGAACAUGUAGUUGAUAACUACACACAGGAUAUUGAUUGUGAUGAAGUUUAUCCGAACAUUUAUAUUGGAGAUGCAGCAACCGCAAAAAAUAAACAAUAUCUACAAAAAAUUGGUAUUACACAUGUUUUAAAUGCCGCAGAAGGCAAUCGCUUUGGACAUGUCAAUACAAAUCAAUAUUAUUAUCGUGAUACGGCGAUUGAAUAUCUUGGAAUACCAGCAAGCGAUUUACCAACCGUUGAUAUCAGUAAAUACUUCAACGAUGCCGCUAAUUUUAUUGAUAAUGCUUUGAAACGCAACGGUAAAGUAUUUGUUCAUUGCGUGAUGGGUGUAUCAAGAAGUGCAACAUGCGUUAUCGCAUUUUUGAUGAUUAAACGUAAUAUGCUAUGUGCAGAUGCAAUACGUUUGAUUCGUAAAAGCCGUAGCAUUCAUCCUAAUGAUGGUUUUUUGCGUCAAUUAGCGGCACUUGACAAUCAAUUACGCCGUCAUCGCCUUUAAUUUGUUUCUAAUAAAAUUAUCUAUUGUUAUUAGUCAAUUAAAAAAACUAAAAAAAAAAAAAUAAACAAUAAUAUUAGAAA